UUUACUCUGGCGCGUAUUUAUGAAGCAGGGAGGAUUUCCAAAUGUAUUAUGUCAUUAUGCAAUUGCAUAAAUAUUACAGCGGUAUUUUUAAAACUCUGUAUUCCGAUGUAGGGGAUAUCUAUACCUUUAUUGCUGGGAUUCAGCUUGCUGAGUCCGCCAGUCGUCCAGAGGUGGUGCGCUUAACUGAUAAUGACAAGUAUAAAAACUUUCUUAAGGAGCUUAUUAUUUGUAUUCCUCAAAACGCUAGACCUCUCCCUAAAGCCAUCAGUUUCCAACAGCUUUCGUCUCAGAAGGAGGUGGUAGCCAGGAUAAUCCAAAGGCUUUGUGAAAAGAAGCAGCGAAAUGUACUUGCCUCUGGAUAUGCCUGUGCAGAUGAGAAGAGCUCUUUACUGAUCAAGUUUGCAGUAAACAUAUGCAGCUAUCAGCCUAAUCCCACUACUGCAAUGAUCAGUACCAGCCCUCUGUGGGAAACACUGCUGAACAGGAUUGGUGAUGAUGUCAUGAUGUACUUGCUGGAAAACUGCUCACUGUUUAUGCAUGUGCCACCUAGUUGCUGUUAUCAGAUCAGUGGGGUACCCAUCUACAGCCUCAUUUCAUCUGAUCUGAGCCUUGGCUGGGCUAGGCAAAGGCCUUUUGGAACUCGAUAUAAUGUUUUAUUGAAGUAUAUCCAGAAAAAAAGACAGUUGUACAGAAAAAAGUGGAAAGAUAUGAAAGAAUCACAGAGGGGCACUAGAGUUGUUGAUGGGAGAAAUACGUGUAAUGCAAGAAAUGUUAUAUCAUCAAGUCAGAUGUACCAGAGGUCAAACAAAACAACACGAUUAAGUCAGGUCAGUGAUGAACAGAAAAACAUAGUGGGUGAUGUACCAGUUCUCGAUUCAACAGAAAGAUCUCUUAAAAGGUGCCGUAAUAAGGAUGGUGAUGAGGAUUCUAGAUUCCCAGCCAGGAAGUUCAGAAAAUCUGUAGACAGAAAUACAGUGCAUCUAGCAUCCACUUGCACUGACACAUCUGUUUUAUGUAAAAUACCUUCUUAUCCAUUAGUAGAUCCUGCAUUAAAAAACUUAGUCCCCGGCGCAGAAGAACCCUUUAACUGUACUGUUGAAGUCUGUCAGAGUGGAACAGGGUCAGAACACAUGCCAAAUGCUUAUAAGGUGAUGGAAACAAAAUGUUUGGGGCAGCAAGUUGGGUAUAAUGAAACAGAGCUCCAGUCACAGGAUAAUGUAGUCAACAAUGAAGUCACUGAUUGUCCAGCAAAUCCUGGAAUAGAUAAAGUAGGCACCGUAUCUUCAAGUAAUGUAGAGUUAAGUAAGCCAUUUAAGCAAAUGAUUUCCAAGCAUGACUCCAAGAACAAGAUGCAUAAAAAUAAAAUCAAGUUUUCAGAGGUGUACAUUAAAAUAGGUUGUAUAAUGUAUUCCAACAAGAGCUUAAGAGAAUGUUUUCCUAAAACAUUUUCUCUGCAUCGAUUUGUAGGCUAUCAGAACGAUGGGCAAAGGCUUAUUGAAAAGAUAUUCCUCGACAGCAGUGUGUUUGGAAAUAAGACAGUUCAGAAGCUGUCUGUCAGCCACUGGAGAAAGAAGAGACUGCCAAAACGUUAUUGGCAGAUGAGAACUAUGUUCCAGAGUCUACUAAAGAAUCAUAAAAGAUGUCCCUAUUUGAUGUUAUGCAGGCGAAACUGCCCUGUCACUAUUUCCUGUGCAAAAUCUAGAGGGAGAGCAGUAGAACACACGGAAAAACAGUACAAACAGAGUGAUAUUGCAGUGCACAGAUCUUCAGCAGAUGCAUCUUCUGCAGUCUGCAGUGUAACUCGAGAUGAAGGUCAGCAACAGUUGCCGCAGCCCAGGACAGUUGAGGAUAUUGACAGAGAAACCAGUCAAGUAAAGGAAGUGACAGCUGCUGAGAUAAAACUUAGAAGUCUGCGGACUGUCCAGCUUGAUAUGACCGGAGGAAGCAAGGACAGAUCUCUUGCAGAAGCCAGUGCAAACUGUGAAAUGCCUGCAGCAAGGCUGGGUAAUGAUGGCAGGUGUGUGUUAACAUCUGAGAGCCAGAGACCAAAUACAGCAUUAAAAGAGUCAGACCCUUGCUUACAGGCACUUCUGCAGCAGCACAGCAGCCCUCAGCAAGUAUAUGGGUUUUUGAGGGAAUGCUUAAUUCGAGUAGUGCCUGAAGAACUUUGGGGCUCCAGUCACAACAAAUGCCGCUUUUUGAAAAAUGUGAAGAAAUUUAUCAGUAUGGGGAAAUUUGACCAGAUGUCCCUGCCGGAGCUCCUGUGGAAGAUGAGGGUUAAUGACUGUACUUGGCUUCAACUCCACAAAGGUCAACGCUGCGUACCUGCUGCAGAGCAUCUCUUACGUGAGGAAAUUCUGGCUAAAUUCCUGUACUGGCUGAUGAACACCUACAUCAUUCAACUUCUUCGAUCUUUCUUCUAUGUAACAGAAACCAUGUUCCAAAAAAACAGGCUUUUUUUCUACAGAAAAAGUGUUUGGAGGAAAUUGCAAGAAAACGGAGUCAGAAAUCACCUUUCCAAAGUGAAGCUUCACCAUUUAUCUGAGGAGGAGGUAGAAGCAAUGCAGCUGAGGCAGAAUCCUGUAAUAUCCAGACUCCGAUUUAUACCAAAAAUAAAUGGACUGCGACCAAUAGUGAAGUUGGAGAAACUAGUGGAAACAGCUAAGCAUAACAAGGAAACCAGCAAGAAGAAGGUACAGAAGUUCAACACACAACUUAAAAACUUGUUUAGUGUGUUGAAUUAUGAACGGAUCAGAAACCCCACUUUGCUUGGCUCCUCUGUUUUUGGAUUAGAUGACAUAUACAAAGUGUGGAAGAAGUUUGUGUUGGAGAAGCGGAAACCUAAACAGGAAAUGCCACAUUUCUAUUUUGUAAAGGCAGAUGUUACUGGUGCCUAUGACACAAUUCCUCACAAUAAACUGAUAGAAGUGAUAUCACAGAUCAUUGGCUUGAAGGUAGAAGAAAACUAUUGUGUCCGUCGCUAUGCAGUGGUAUGGAGUGAUGCCUUGGGACAGCUGCGAAAAUCAUAUAAAAGACAUGUUUCCACAAUGAUAGACUUUUUGCCUGGCAUGAAGCAAUUUGUGUCAAAUCUACAGCAGUCUGCCUCUUUGCAGAGUUCCAUUUUCAUAGAACAGGGCCUGAAUUUGAAUGAGACGUCUAGCAAUCUGUUUUGUUUCUUUAAUCGGAUUAUUUGUAACAGUGCUAUCAGAAUUAAUGACAGUUAUUAUCGUCAGUGCUGUGGAAUUCCUCAGGGGUCCAUACUGUCUACGCUGCUGUGUAGCUUGUGCUAUGGCGACAUGGAAAACAAACUCUUCUGUGGAAUACAGCAGGAUGGUGUACUGUUACGAUUGAUUGAUGACUUUCUACUGGUUACACCCCAUUUGUGUCACGCAGAAACUUUUUUGAGAACUCUUGCAUCUGGGAUCCCAGAGUAUGGCUGCUCCAUAAGCCUUCACAAAACUGUAGUGAACUUUCCUGUUGUUGAAGAAAUCCUGGGUUGUUUCACUGCCAAGCAAUUGCCAUCUCACUGUCUUUUCCCAUGGUGUGGUUUGUUAUUGGACACAAAGACACUUGAAGUAUAUUGUGACUAUUCCAGCUAUGCCUGCACCUCCAUCACAUCAAGUCUGACUUUUAAUUACAGUAACAAUGGAGGACACAGCAUGAGACGCAAACUGCUGGCAGUUUUGAGGCUGAAAUGCCAUGGAAUAUUUUUGGAUCUACAGGUGAACACUCUUCGGACGGUUUGUAUCAACAUCUACAAAAUUUUCCUUCUUCAGGCUUACAGGUUCCAUGCUUGUGUUAUUCGCCUGCCAUUUGGACAAGGAGUGAACAACAACCCUUCCUUUUUUCUCAUGGUUAUCUCCAGCAUGGCACCCUGCUGCUACUCCAUUUUCAAAGCAAAGAACAGAGGUGCAGUUUUAGGUACCAGAGAUGCAUCGGGUCCUUUUCCUUUUGAAGCUGCUCAGUGGCUGUGCUACCAUGCCUUUAUUGUCAAGCUGUCCAGUCAUAAGGCAGUUUAUAAGCGCCUGUUGGGACCCCUGUUGACUUGCAAGUUGCAAGUACAGAAGAAACUCUCAAAAGAAGCAGUGGAACUCUUAAAGUCAGUGACAUUGAAUUCCCUCUACAAAGAAUUUUCAUUGAUCUUAGAUUAAUCUAGAAGUACAUUUAAGGUUUGAUGUGGCUCCUGGUGAAGUCAUAGAUACUAAUGAUACUGAAACAUAUGCCAAGGACACCAUUUAAUAAAUGUGAAUUCAUUGGUGGAACUUGUGAGCAAUAAAGAUUCAUUGGUUUUGCUUCUGGCA